AUGGGCAUGAGGUAACCCGCUGCGGUGAACGCAGAGCCGGGUCUCUGCCGAUGGGCCUCCCCGCUCGACUCAUCCGCGGCUGGUGCGGCUUGGCAGUCCUUUGCCUGCGCCUGUGCGCAACAUCCUGCAACCCAGACGUUGCGCCGAUAGAGCCUCUGCCCUCGAGGUCACUGCAGUGCUUUGAGGACGGCCAGGUGUACGGGUGCUGCGAGGGCGCGCUCCGGCUGGACGCGUCGGGGGUGAUCGGCGUGCCGCUGGGGGCGGUGGACUACUACUGCGGCGGGGCGUGCGUGGUGGAGACGGAGGACGUGCUCAACUGCGUGGCCAGCGCGCUGGACGGCUUCAGCUUCCGCAACGGCGCCUCCGUGGAGGGCGCGCGCUACGCCCUCAGGAGGGGGUGCAGCCACACCAUCAAGAGAGGGGACUUCAACGCUUUGGAGCCACCCACGGGCAACUACCCGGACAUCUACGGUGACUACCGCGGCCAUGGCUGCAGGGCUACUACGCCUCCUCGCAGCAGCAUCAACUUGCUCGCGUUUCUAGGUGCCGCCUGGCUGCUGCUCAUUCAGGGUCGCUGAAGAUGAUAAUACUCCCUCCAUUCCAUAAUAUAGUGCUUCAUCUAUCCACGUGCUUUAAUUUUGAUCGUAAAUUUAACUAUCAAGACCGAUUGCGGCGGGAGCAAAAAUUAUAUCAAUGAAUUCGUAUUCAAAAAAAGUUUUUAAUUAUAUAAUUUUUUCUUCCGCCGCAGUUGGUCUCGUUAGUUAAAUUUAUGGUCAAAGUUGAACAUCAGAAAGCACGGGCGCAUUAUAUUUUGAAAUAGAGGGGGUAGUUGGCAGUUCA